CCCCAAGGCCUGGUUGAAUUUUUGCAAAUCCAAACAUACAAAUUUUUGCUGUCAGGCCAAUCGAACUGAUCAUCUACGAGGCUUUCAACUCGUUGACUGUUGCCGUGAACCAGUCGCCGUUGUAUCAGCCACCCUGGAGGCCGAUUACGUUGCACUAAGCUACGUCUGGGGUGCUAGCCCAGGUUCGUUGGAUCGAUUAGAUCCUGGGAACUGGCCAAAUGUGGUUUUGAACGCAAUAGAGGUUACGAGGCAGCUAGGUUUUCGAUACCUAUUGGUAGAUCGUUACUGCAUCGACCAAAGUGAAACAGAAGAAAGAGCAAAUCAGAUCUCAAACAUGCACUUGAUAUUUCAGCGGGCCGAGUUGACUGUAGUUGCUGCUGUGGAUAAUUUUGACGGCCUCUUGGGGGUACGAGGUGGUCGUCCUUCAAGUCAGCGUGAACGAGAAGUACAGAAGAGAGUGCAGCUAGGAGAUAUGACUUUGGUGACUGUUAUGGAUGUCGAACAGCUGAUCCAGGAAUCGGAAUGGUUCCAUCGCGGAUGGACUUUCCAAGAAGGCUUGCUAUCAAGAAGAGUCUUAGUCUUUACCGAUAGCCAACUCUACUGGAAUUGUUGCGUUAUGACGCAAAUGGAAAGCAUUUAUGUUCCUAUGAAGGUUUCUCAUAAUUCUGAUGGAUCGCAGUGGAGCGAGUGGAUGCCGUACGGUAUUUUUACUCGCUCUAGCAAAAGGGAUCUUCAAACAUCAACCGAAAGCCACACCGAAGUACAGGAGAACCCGACAAGUAGCCCAGACUCUGACCAAGACUCAGAUCAAGACUCUAGUGAAGACGAAGACGCGUUGAUGUACAGUGUAGUCUGCCGGGACAUUACGCAAUAUACUUCACGUAAGCUCUCAGAUACCAAAGACUCUCUAAAUGCGUUUAAGGGAGUCAUGCAGAUGUAUGUAGCUGGUAUAAACAGCAAUACUAGAUUCAUUCUAGGCCUGCCAAUUGUUAUAGGCCCAGGCCUGAAUGUGAACUCCGCCUUUGCUUAUGUUUUAUACGACUGGGACAGCGAAUAUGGUUGCCGUCGCAGCCACCUUCCAUCCUGGUCGUGGGCCGGAUGGGGAGCGAGGACACUCAUAGGUAUAUGUAGUGAGAAAUACAGUUACUAUAUCACGUACCGUUCGGGUUACGUCAGUUACUGUCCGGAGCUUAGGCUCGUCGAAGAUUUAGACGACCCUCGGGGAAUUCCCGUAGAAACUAUACUGGAAGAGACACGGUGCUUUGAUAGAUACGCAACUCUAAGAGUUGUGAAGCCCUACAAAAUCGGCAAGAUGCAUGCCAGCCUCAGGGUUAUGAUGAAUAUAUCACUAUCAAAGGAUAUUCCAGAGGUGCUACCUGCCAGGGAAGAUUUCGCUUUCGUGCUGAUUUCCUGUGACCAGGAAACAUUAACCGAACCCCGGUUUCUAAUUCUAGAGCCAAUAGAUGAAAAUCAACGCGUAUGGGAAAGGGUAGGCGCUGCUUCCGUGGUUCCGGAUUGUGCUGUUAUCAUUAGCAAGAGGGAUCUCAAAACCAUUUAUCCCGACAGCGAAUCCAUUCCUGAUGAUAGGAAUGAGUUGUGGAGACACUGGGAAUCACUAUCGACGUUCGUCGACCUAAUCAAGUUGGCAAAUUUGGUUCCUGCAGAAGUAGAUUAUUUCAUCAAAUAAAAAUCACGGUGUGGUAACUAGGUAUCUGGUUAUUUGAUAUGCUAAGACAAUUUCUUCUUAAAAACUUCCACAAAGCCAAUUGCAAAUGGUGGUUGGGGCUCAUACUGGGAGGGAAUUGUCUAGG